AUGGUGGUUGAUGCCAAGAUUAAGUACGAUCCGAGCUUGCGGGCAGGGGUGGACUUUUUGAGAGACGGAUCCGAGGGCCAAGUACCCGUCACAGGAAUCGAGACGCCCGCAUUCAUCCUGGGAGCUCUCACUGCCGGAGGUGGAAUCUUCGGAUACAUCAAGACGGGCUCUAUCCCUUCAGUCACGGCCGGAGUCACCGUCGGUGGCCUCUACAUUCUUGGCGGCUACCGCAUUCAGAGCAGGCAGAGCUAUGGAGUUCACCUCGCUCUUCUCGCUUCGAUCGUCCUUGCUGGCUCUUCUAUCCCAAGAGCCAUCAAAAGCCAGAAGCCUCUGCCAUCUAUGUUGAGUCUGUUGGCUGUCUAUGGGCUCUACACGUAUGGAAACGCGUUUAGAGCAAGAGUUUAG